AUAACACAGUAAUCUUGUCUCUACCUCCAGUGUAGUCAAUUCUCCUCUCCAAAAAGCCACCUCCUUAUUCCUAAUAACAUCACUCACUUUCUCUACUCUCAUAGUCUCAUCUUUAACACUCAAGAAAUCCCCUCAUCAUGCACACACUCACCCCUUCAGACUCCUCCACUUCCCUCCACCUCCUCUCCCUCCUCCUCAAAUGCGCCCAUCUCGUCUCAUCCAACAACGCCGCCUCCGCCACCGACCUCCUCCCCGAAAUCUUCCACCUCUCGUCCCCUUUCGCCUCCUCUCCCGCUGACCGUAUCGCCGCCUUCUUCGCUCACUCUCUCCACUCUCGUCUCUUCCUUCACUUUCUCUCUCCUCCACGUCACCCCCUUCUCAAAUCCAUCACUCUGUCCUCCCAACUUAAAACCUUUCAUUCCGCUUUACAAACGUUUAACUCUCUCGCACCCUUCGUCAAAUUCUCUCAUUUUACCGCCAAUCAAGCCAUCUUCGAGGCUGUUCACGGGUUCGAUCGAGUCCACAUCAUUGAUCUUGAUGUUAUGCAGGGUCUCCAGUGGCCUGGUUUGUUCCACAUCUUGGCCUCUCGUGCGAAGAAGGUUAGCUCGGUGAGACUCACCGGGUUCGGCCCGUCCUCGGAGUUGCUCGCUCAGACUGGCUCUCGGCUCGCCCAGUUCGCCGCCUCGCUCGGGUUGCCCUUUAAGUUUAACCCCGUUGAGGGUAAGUUCGGGGACAUGUCCGAGUUAGAGUUGAGUCGAAUCGAUUUUCGAGCGAAUGAGGCGACCGUGGUGCAUUGUAUGCAUCAUAAAUUGUAUGAUAUAAUUGGGUCUAAUUUCGGAUUGUUGAGGGUAUUGAGUACGGUAAAGCCUAAGUUAGUUACCAUGGUCACUCAAAACAUUGACAUUUUCGAAACGGGGUCGUUUUUGGAGAGGUUUAUAGAAACAUUGCAUUAUUAUUCGGCUAUGUUUGAUGCCUUAGGUGAGGGAUUGAGUAGAGACAAUGUAUUACGUCAUCAAGUGGAGCAGCAACUAUUUGGGAGCGAGAUAAGGAACAUCCUAGCGUGUGAUGAUGUUGAUGUGAAUGUAAGCCGCCGGUGGGGGGACAACCUUAGUCGUUUCGGGUUUGAGCCAGUGUCGCUUUCUGGUAGCCCGGCUGCGCAGGCGAGUUUGUUGUUAGAGAUGUUCCCAUGGAAAGGGUACACAUUGAUGGAGGAAAAUGGGUGUUUAAGGUUAGGGUGGAAGGGUAUGUCUUUGCUUACUGCCUCAGCUUGGCAACCUUCUAAUUAUAGUUGUGUUACUAAUAAUAGUAAUAUCAUGGGGAAUUAAAGUAUGAUUAUAUGUUCAUAUUACAAAGUUUGAUUGGAAUGGAUGAAUUAUUGAUUAUUGGAUGAAUAUUGGGUGGUAGAGAAGAAGUACAUAAAGAUGAUCAAAAGUUGUGUAAAUGUUUCGAAAAUAAUUGAGGGGAUAAAGUAAGGAAAGGUACAUGUUACUUUUUGAGAAAUUGGAUUCUUUUUUUGUACUCCUAUUAAAAAAGUUUGUGAUCAAAAGGUGUUACACUUUUCAAGCUUGAGUUGAAUUUAAUUGUAUUUUCUUAACUAUGAGAAGCAUCUUCGAGAUAUAUAUUCAAAAGCAAAAUAGUGAUUUC